AUGGCAAGCCAGUCAGCCCCGAUGGAGGAGAUCAUCUGGAGGUCACCACAGCAUGUACAGAUGAUGGGAGGGUACCUCCACUCCAACAACAUUCUCUUCUACUUUGCCGAGUCGCCCUUCUUCGACCCUCAGUCCAACAACGGUACCCUGGCGACGCAAGCAACCUACAAUGAGUCCCUUCGGCAUGUGGUCGAGACGCGCGCCACGUUCGAGGGCAAAUUAAAGCAAAUGCAAGGAUUGGAGUUUCUCGUCUCGUUUGAUCCGCUCGAGGCUGCGGCACGUUCGAAUCCGAACCGCUUCGAUUUUGAGCCGAACAACAUCUGGGUGAUUCGCAAGCAAGAACGGCGGAAGCGAAGUGGGAUGGAGGACGAGGUCACUGUGCUCGCGACCUACUUUGUUGUUGGAGACACCGUCUACAUGGCCCCCUCCGUGGCGAGUAUUGUGGGGAAUCGAAUUCUCACGGCGGUCACAUCCAUCUCCCGACUCAUGAAGACAGCAUCGACCCUACCAAUCUUCACUCCUUCCACCGGCCACACAUAUCUGCCUCCAACAGCGCGCACGACGGAAUCCGGUCAGCAGCCCUCCCAGCCCAGUAAGGAGAAUACACCCAUGCCCGAUGCCCCACAACCGUCCGUGGCCGAGACGCAGAUCUCAGGCAAGGCUAGCCUCGGAGUUUCCACGGGCAGCUCCAGCUACCAAGAUAUCCGGAACCUGGCCGAGGCCUUCCGCCUGUUCAACCAAUACGGCGAUGAAUUCAUGGACGAACACCCUCUGACCGGCGAGCCCGGCUCUUUCAUUCUAUCACGGGCUGGUGAGACGGAUCGUCCCGCUGGCGCUGCCGCAAAGGUUGCCUCCAAAGCCUCUCUGGGCACGGGGGUGAACACCCCGGCUGGAAUCCGGGCACGAUCGACCACUCCCCAAGUCCGAAUCGACACGCCUGGAAAACUCUCGGACAAGGGCAACACUCCUCCGAGCUCGGUCGAGAAUAAACUUAAAAAGAAAAAAGGUCGUGUUGUGAGUUGA